AUGUCGUCCCAUGCCGAGCACCUCCUCAUCCUCCCAGACCAAACGGCCUCCGAGCCUACGAUGAACUCCCUAGACCCCACGCCGGCCCAAGCAGUGGCAAUGCAGGCAGCCAAAGCAAACAAGAAAGGGAAGAACGGGGGCGCGGACAGAGUAGUGAGUAGCGCUGCCGAAGAAAAGAGAGGAAGACAGUACUCACCUUACCAGAGGAGAGACAAGGACGGAGAGGACAACGGAGAGGCUCCACCCCAAGGAGGGAACCCCCAGCGCACAACCAAUAAACAAUCCACACCCCAAGGCGGAAAGGGGAAGCAAGUCACCCCCCAUUCCCGCUCCGGCCCUGGAAACACCCAUGAGAGUGCCCCCCCCCCUCCAACUAUCCCACCCCCCCCGCUCCCAGCAGGACCUUCCCCCACCCCCCAGGGCACAGUGGCGCAUAUCCCCUCCACUCCACCCUUGGGCCCCCCCGCCCCGUUGGGACAGGCAACCCACGUGGCUCAACCCUCCCUUGCGCAGCUCCCAGUCCCGCUAGUGCAGUCCGCGACCCACCAAACCCAAGUACAAACAGCUGGUCCCCAGGACGUCAAAAUGGGUCAUGCAGCAGGGGAGAACACUGAAGAAGACGGGAUCAUGCAGGUCGACCAACCGGAAAACCCACACUUACAGACGACGUCGGUUGUCCCGCUCACGACCCUCCCGCCUAGACCUGGCAAAGGAUACGCCGGCGGUCCCUUCCCCCACACGGUAAUCGCGAGUGACGAUCUCUUCAAAAGCAUCAGAGUGGAAAUCCUUGACAACCUGCUCAAAUCCCCUCUGGACUUCCUCUUCCUGCUGCCCUAUGGAGCCGGAAGACGUCUUCACGCGGAAUUUCCAAACCUAGGGGAUACGAUCCUGGAAUACAUCAAAGAAUUCCGGGCUCCUAACUGCGACAACCUCACCGUAGUCAAAGCCGCCGCCGACUCCUUCAUAAAAGGGAAGAAACUGAGGAUGUACAAAAAAGACUUCGAACCACCUUGGGUCUUCAUCCUAUCCGGUUUCUCCCCCGAACUACGGGACUUCUUACUAGGUGUAGGCGUCUUUGAUUUCGCGGCAGGAGAAUCCAACCACGCCUUGACAGUACUGAAAGUACAAAAGAACGUACGAUCCUGGCAUGUCGCAUACCUGACCGGGGACGGCGUAACAAACGACCGCAGGAUGAUGGAGGAAGGACUCACGGCGAUCAAAGCCAAGAUCAAAAACAACGAGAAAGUCCGCACUUCUGUCCAGGAAUGCUAUGCUGAGAGGACGGGGACGAAUUUGCUGACAACCGACGACAAAGUCCAAGAUGCAUUAUCGACACUUUCGAUCACCUACACAUCCAACGGCAAAGCGAAUUUCUGGCACCUCACCGCGAAGCCCAUCACAGACGACCCAGCUAAACACAAGAGAUGGGAAGAAGCUCUGAGGGAUACGAAGAAUUUCGUCCUCAGGAAAAUAUUUGCGGUGGACAUCUCGUGGGGCUUCGAGUGA